UCCCAGCUGCUCGUUCCCUUUUCUUCCCUCUCUCAAAAAACCCUAACCCGCUCGUCCCUGCGACCCUGCCCUGCACCGUGCCCCUUGCAUUCCCAGCCGCUCGUUGCCUUUCAAAAAAAAAAAAAACCCCUCUCCCUAUAUGCAACGAGGAACUGGGUCUUUUUGACGAUUUUGGAAGAGAAGAUGGCAGCAGCAGCAGAGGAUUCGAAGAAAUCGAGCGAUGUUGAAGAGCGUCUGAAACCCUUUUACGAAAGAGCUGCCCUGGCUGAGGAAGGGAAUCUAGAUGUUGCCAUAGAGUCCCUUUUGAAUGUGGAGAAGCAAAUGAGGCUUGCUGGUGAUGUCGCUGGAACCAAGAAUGCUGUUAUUGAAAUAGUGAAGCUUUGUUAUGAAGCUCGUGCAUGGAAGACUCUGAAUGAUCAAAUCAUUCUUCUAUCAAAGAGAAGGGGUCAGCUUAAGCAGGCAGUAACUGCAAUGGUCCAACAAGCAAUGCAAUAUAUUGACGAGACCCCAGAUAUUGAAGCCCGUAUAGAGCUAAUCAAAACACUGAACACUGUCUCUGCUGGCAAGAUAUAUGUGGAAAUAGAAAGGGCACGGCUGAUCAAGAAGCUUGCAAAGAUUAAGGAAGAACAGGGCCUUAUUGCUGAGGCAGCUGAUUUGAUGCAAGAAGUUGCCGUGGAAACAUUUGGAGCAAUGGCGAAAACAGAGAAGAUAGCAUUCAUCCUUGAACAAGUUCGUUUGUGUUUGGACCGUCAAGAUUAUGUGCGAGCACAGAUCCUCUCAAGGAAAAUUAGUCCUCGAGUAUUUGAUGCCGAUACUUCAAAAGAGAAGAAAAAGCCUAAGGAAGGUGAUAAUAUCGUUGAAGAGGCUCCUGCAGAUAUACCUUCACUAUUGGAGUUGAAAAGGAUCUACUAUGAAUUAAUGAUCCGGUAUUACUCACAUAGCAACGACUACCUGGAAAUUUGUCGUAGCUACAAGUCAAUAUAUGAGAUCCCAUCUGUGAAAGAUGAUCCUUCACAGUGGAUUCCGCUCCUAAGGAAAAUUUGCUGGUAUUUAGUGCUGUCGCCAUAUGAUCCGAUGCAAUCAAGCCUUCUAAACUCUACACUGGAAGAUAAAAAUCUUUCUGAAAUUCCAAAUUUCCGCGUGCUAUUAAAGAAGCUGAUUACAAUGGAGGUGAUCCAGUGGACGGCUCUUUGGGAGACAUAUAAGGAUGAGUUUGAGAAUGAGAAGAAUAUGCUUGGAGGUUCUUUAUGUGACAAGGCGGCGGAAGAUCUUCGACAAAGAAUAAUUGAACAUAACAUCCUGGUUGUGUCAAAAUAUUAUUCAAGGAUUACAUUGAAAAGGCUUGCAGAGCUGUUGUGCCUCAGCUUACAGGAAGCAGAGAAACACCUCUCAGAGAUGGUCGUCUCGAAGUCUCUGGUAGCAAAGAUCGACAGGCCAAUGGGGAUAGUAUGCUUUCAGGUAGCCAAGGACAGCAAUGACGUCCUCAACUCUUGGGCAAUGAACUUGGAAAAGCUGCUCGACCUUGUUGAGAAGAGCUGCCAUCAGAUACACAAGGAAACCAUGGUUCAUAAGGCUGCCCUCAAAGUCUAGUUGCCAAUUUCAAAAUCCCAAGGUAACUGGAAGAAGCCGCUUUCACUAGACCUUAGGAUGAAGAUAAUGAUGAUUUGGUUCUUUGUUUUGCAGGUCGAUUCUAGUGCGCGUUUUUUCCUAUUUGUUUUGGUUGGGAUGUGUCAUUUUAUUUAUUUUUAAUAUUUCUUUGUUUCCUUUUCUUUUCUUAAAAUUUAAAUCAUCAAUGUCCGAGGAUGCAAAAACCUUAUGGAUCAGCAAGAAGGGACGUCGAAUCUUAAAUGGCUCUUCCUAGUCAGACAGAUGCAGAUGAACCUACCAAUGUUGUAUACAAACACAGAGGUUUUGCUACUGUAUUGGUGAAAUUGGAAUUCGAUUUACUUGA